CCCAUCCGCCUUUGGCCAGCCAUCGCCACUACUCGAGCUACCAGAAGGGAAGAGAAGAAAAAAAAUGGCUUCCUCCUCUUCACCACCCACCCUGCCCUUGCUUCUCGUCCUUUGCAUGGCCACUGCCUUCACCAUCCGUGCCCGUCCCGACCACAUGGCAAUCUACUGGGGAUGGCACAUCAACAACCUAAGGGGAUCGGCUCUCAAGGCCACUUGUGAAACUCAUCACUUCAGCCAGGUGAACAUCGCCUUCCUAAGCAAUUUUGGCAAUGGCCGGCCCCCAAGACCCGACUUUGGCACCUCCUGCGACGCCCAGACUGGUGGAUGCAAGAGCCUUCAGGACGACAUCGCCGCCUGCCAGCGCCUCGGGGUGAAGGUGCUGCUCUCCAUUGGAGGGUUCGACGUGAAAAACUAUACGCUGGCGUCGGCGGAGGAGGCCCAUCAGCUGGCAUCCCACAUCUACGAUGUCUACCUAAGCGGCUACGGCAUCGACGGCCCCCUCGGCAAGGUGAAGCUUGAUGGCGUCGACUUCUACGUCAAUGACGCCUCGACGUACGACUACUGGGACGUGUUGGCUCAGGACCUAAAGCAAUUGGACAGUAACAUGAUCUUGACGGCAUCCCAGGGGUGCAACCACACCACCGGCAAAGCAGACAUGCCACUCUACCACGCCCUCAAGACGGGGCUGUUCAGCAAGGUGUGGCCGCGCUACUACGGACACCCUUGCACCUACCAGCCAUCGGACACGGCGGCUUUUGCGGCAUCGGUGAAUAGCUGGGCCACAGAGUUCAGCGGAAUGGACUUCUACCUGGGGCUCAUUGCCAACCCCUUGUACUUCGAGGAGGGUUGGAUCUCGCCCUUGGAGCUUCCAGGUGCGCUGACCAUCGCACGUCAGCACAGCAACUAUGACGGGGUGAUGCUGUGGAACAGGCACUGGGAUGUGAAGUUCUUUGAAGAGGACGGCAACAGCGCUCCCUACAGCGACCUUAUAUAUCCCAUUGUCAAGACCAGUAGCAAUAUCAGGAUGCCAGUUUCUGCCUUCUGAGACAGGAAAGCUUCCCAUAGCUUGUGCAAAGCUCCUGUUGCCUUACUAAUUAAAUAAAAUGGAGAAGCUUACACGCUUCAGAACUUGCUUA